UUCAGGCGCGCUUUUUCUCCUCUUCGUCGUUUGCGUUUGCAAAUUUCCCAUUUCUUUGCAAUCCGUCGCGCGGUUUCCCAAUUUUUGGUUUUUUUUUUUAAAUUCUGUUUUGAGUUGUUUCCAAUCUUUCUCCCCGCCUUUCUCGAUCGAUUUUUGUCGGUUGGUUAAAGUGUUUGUGUUUUGAUUUUUUUUUCGUUACGGAUCAUCUACUGCAAGUUCUACCGCGCGCGGGCUCUUUCUUCAGUUGAAGUUUACCAUUAAGUCGUCUUUUUUUGGUUUAUUUGAAUCGAGUUGCUGUUGCUGCUGCUGGACGCCGUCUCAGGCGACGUCGUAUUCGUCGUCAUCGUCGUCGUUGUUUUUCGGGGCACACGUGAGAUUCUCAUCCAUCAGUGCGCUGCAUCACAGAUCCCGCGAUACAGAGAGCGAGAAGCGAUCUUCGUUCAAAGGUUUUGACGUUGGAACGAUACUCUGAACCCGGUAAGGCCCGAAAAACUAAACCGCGAAAACCGAUUGGGUCCCAAAAGGUUUCCGGCCCCAUCUGCCGCCGCGCCGUACAGGCAUUUCGCGCACGGCAUCACGAUUGCUAGUCGGGACCAGCGCCGGAACCGGAACCGGGCAGCGCCAUGCGGAUACCGUCGUGGGCCCUCGGGGGGCUGCUCGCUGCCCUGUCGGUGACCUUCUGUACGGCCGCCGACAUCCUGAUGGUCACCAUGGGCGGCACCAAGUCACACAAGAUCCCGUUCUGGGAGCUGGCCAAGGGGCUGAUACCACGAGGUCACAACAUCACAUUCCUCAACGGAUUCCCGGCAGAUUUCGCCCAAAAUGGCCUGCACGAGAUCGCUCCUUCGGGGCUGGUCGAAUUCAUCCGCAACUACACCAACUGGGACUUGCUGGGAGCCCGGAUGCGAGGCGAUUUACCCCUGUCCUUGUGGGACGUCUUCCGGUACGCGUGGCAGGCCUGUGAUGCCACCCUGGAGGACAAGGAAACGAUGGAUCUUCUGGGUAGGAAGUUCGACCUGCUGAUUCUGGAUGGGGCCUACCCGGAGUGUGCCCUAGGGCUGGCCUAUCGCCUCGGAGCGCCCUACAUGUACAUCAACACCGUCGGCUUUUACAUGGAGACGAUGUCGAUGGCCGGCAAUCCGGCACCCUAUUCGAUUACCCCAGCUUUCUGGCGACCCUACACCGACGACAUGCACUUCCUGCAGCGAGUCAUGAACGCCCUGUGCCACAUGUUCGUGCAGUCGGUUUAUUAUCCCAGCAUAACUCUUCUACAAGCGAUCGUCCGACGUCACCUGGGCAACGACAUCCCGCACGUGUGGGACCUUUCGCGUAACGUGAGCUUCAUCCUGCAGAAUGGCCACGCUACGGUCACCUAUCCUCGACCGAUCCUACCGAACAUCGCCGAAAUAGCCUGCAUUCACUGCAAACCGGCUGGCCCUCUUCCGAAGGAUCUGGAAGAGUUCAUAGCCGGUGCCGGUGAGUCCGGCUUCAUCUACGUCUCAAUGGGUUCCUCUGUAAAAGCAGCCAACAUGCCUGACCAUCUAAGGCACUUGUUGGUUCAAACUUUCUCACGACUACCCUAUCGGGUAUUGUGGAAGUACGAAGCUAACGCCUCGAUGUUGAUGGAUCUGCCCUCGAAUGUGAGAUUGGGCCGAUGGCUUCCUCAGCAGGACAUCCUGGGCCACCGGAAGUUGCGGGCCUUCGUAACGCACGGUGGCCUGCUGAGUAUGUUCGAGACCGUGUAUCACGGAGUUCCGGUCGUGACGAUGCCGGUGUUCUGCGAUCACGACGCCAACGCAGCCAAGGCCGAAACCGACGGCUAUGCGCUCCAGCUGGAUCUGGAGACGCUUACCAGUGAGCAGUUGGUGAGGGCCAUCCAUAGGGUGAUUCACGAUCCAAAGUUCCGAAACGAAGCCAAACGAAGGCAGUUGUUGUUGAAGGACCAAAGAUCGACGCCCCUGGAGACGGCCAUCUAUUGGACCGAAUACGUGCUGAGGCAUAAUGGAGCCUAUCAUUUGCAGACGCCGGCGAGGAAUUUAAGCUUCAUCGCCUACUACGGAUUGGAUCUGAUUGCUUUCUUCCUGGCCGGAGCCUACUUGUUGCGAUUGGUCGUGAGACGGGUGCUGAAACCCCAAAUCAUCCAGCUGAGCAAGGAGAAGCUGCACUAGUUACUGGGAGCGCUGGGAAGAGAUCGGCGGAGGAAGGUCUGAAGGAAGUUAGCCAGGUAUUUCGCCCCCAGGAUUGCUAACUUAUUUAUCAAACGCGCUCCUGUUUACGUUUGGGUAGUAUAAUGUAAGGGGGAAACGUAACAGAAACAACAACAACCACAAGGAAACAAACCGAAACGAACAAAUACAUUCAUACAACACAAGGUAUGAAAAGGGCACUUUUAUGGAGGGUGGGCAUUUCUAGAAGCUUCCGGUAGGACAAACGAAGUUCAGAAUGAAAAUGUUUUCUUUGGAAAUUUCCAAAAUAGAUGAAAAGGAAAUUGGUUUUUCCAUUAAACAAACUAAAGCAUGAAAAACGAAUCUUAAAUCUUGAAUUUUGAAUCUUGAAUCUUGAAUCUUGAAUCUUGAAUCUUGAAUCUUGAAUCUUGAAUCUUGAAUCUUGAAUCUUGAAUUUUGAAACUUGAAUCUUGAAUCUUAAACCUUGAAUCUUGAAACUUGAAUCUUUGAUGUUGACUCUUGAAUCAUGAAUUUUGAAUCCAAAUUCCAAAUGUUUAUCCUUACUUUGAAAUUGAAUCUUGAAUCUGAAUUUCACAUUUUCAUUUAGGAUUCACAAUGAAAACUUUUAUUCCGUGAUUUGCAUUCUCAAUUUCUGAUAUUUUUCUGAAAUUAAGCUUUAAAUCAUCAGUGACCAAUUUCGUUCAAUUCUUUCAAUUCUUUCGAAAGUAACCGGAAACAGCCAUUCAGACAAAGCUUAUUUUCGAGUGCCGCUUGGCAUAAUCGGGAGGAACAGAAAUCCGGAACGGGGCACAAAUCGAAUCCGAACGAAAAUUCACGGAGAAGACAUUCUCUGCCGGUAGACGGUCAUACUAAGAAAAAGGACGAAAAUGUGUAGAAGGGAACAUUCACAGAAAUGACAAAGAGUGCAAACUGGCUAAAAAAAUUAUACCCUCUUUCUGAGCUUCCUUCCAUUCUGUGUUGGCAAGUUGUUUUCCGCAUUAAAUGAUACCGAUUCCCGGGUUUAGAGAAAAUUAAGCUAAAAAUGCCAGCAAGUGCUCUUGUAUAUUUAUUUUGAUGGUUGUUGGUAAUGCUCAAUUUACCAGAGUUUAUUGUCUAAUGAAGCACACAGCUUUUACUGGUAAAUAUUCAUAGACUUGACUUUUGACAUUUAAAAUUCAGUUAAGUAGGUAUACGGUAACAUUUUCAAAUGAGUUUUCACGAUAAUCGAAACCAAAAUGAAUAGGUUCCUACUAAAAUAAGGUUGCCAGAUUGCCUGGUUUUAUCCGAGUUAUUCCGGAUAAUUUAUACAAAACUUAAGAACAGUCCGGCGCGGCCAGGUUGCCCGGAUUUCAUUGGAAAAUUUUCGAAUUUUCCCGGAUUUUUUCACUUUAUUUGACAAAUAAUAAGAAAAAAAAAAUUAAAUGGUAUUGUAAUUUUUUUUUUAUUUAACCACCAAAACAAAAAUUUUUGGGCAGAUUUAGCAAAAAAAAUCAUGAACGGAUUUUUCGAAGACUAGAACACGAUUUCCAAUUUGUUUUUGAAUUUUCGUGAAAAAAAAUAUUUUUUUCAACUCUUUGAUUUAGAUUUCUGUUGAGUAAUUUCUGUGUGUUUUGACAAAAUUUGCCCGGAUAUUUCCCGGAUUUUUGGUCUCGAUUUAGAAAUGGAAUGCCCGGAUUUGGCCAGGUUUUUUAUAAAAAAAAAUGCCCGGAUUGUCCGGCCCGGAUGCGUGCUGAAAAAAUUCUGGCAAUCUUAUACUAAAAAAAUCCUUACUGUACCUUUUUCCAUAGAAUAAAAUGGUAGAGAAAUAAUUUUAUUUAUGUUGAUGUUGAUGUUUAUUUGUCGAUUUCGCGGAAUUCGUCUAGCUUCAAGUCUGAUGAAGCUGUGAAUCAAUCUGAACCUUGGUGUUCCGAUCCAGUGUUGAUAAGAGGCAUUUAGUCUUGUAGUUAGACUCAAAAACCCCACAGGGGUCUUUCCAGGGACACAGGUUCGGUCUUUUCCAGGAAAAAUCCGAAAUAAAAUUUGAGGAUUUUUUUGCAGUAGAAUUUUUUUGUUGGUGGUAGUGAAGUGGUUCUGUUGCCAAAUUUGAGGCGUUGGUGAUGAAAAUCCUGUAAUGAUUUGUCAAAUAAAUGUUUCAUUUAUUGAAAAGGUGUAGGAGGGAGGAGGGAAUUUUGAGCUAUUCUUGUAUUUUUUUUUUUCGAUUCAAACUAUGGUAGCCAAGAUUCCAAAGAAGGUAUUAGUUGUUGGGUUGAUUCGAUUUGAAAGUUUUGAAUAUUUUCAAAAAGUACGGGAACUUCAUUGUCACUCUGUAUCUAGAAGCAAAAGUAGAUCGCAAAUGGUUGAUCUUCGGUUUCUGAAUGUAAUUGAAUCUGAAAUUUCACCUAUGUUUUCAAAAUAGAUAAACCUGUGGUCAAAAAUCGGUUCUUCGUUAGGCACAUGCCAAUAAGAAAUUGCUUAAGAAAUUGUUCUAGAACAAAGUAUGAUGAUUUUUCGAUAUUCUUUGAUACAACUCCAAUCUGAAAAUCUAUAGUUUUCCGUUCGAGAAAAUGUUAAAAAAGGUGAUUCGUAUUUUGUAUAUCAGGAAGUUAAAAAAAUUGACUCAUGAGCUCAUUAAGGAAACUCUCGUUAAAAAUGUCAUUUUAUAAACAAAAAUAUAACUUGUUGUUGAAUACAAGAAAAAUUUUAGGAAAAAGUUCAUAAUUAUUUACUUUUCCUGAGCUUCUUCAUAUCAGUGCAAGGUACCGUAAACUGGCGGAACAUUGAUCACUUUUUUAAUUCAUUUUCGAAUAUUUUGGAAGGGGUUGCUUUUUUGUAACACUAAACAUUAUUAAAAUACUUACUGAGGUGAGGGGUAUAAAGCAUGAAAAUUGAUAGCUGAAUUUUCGAACGACAUUAGUGGCUAUAACUAAAUGUUUGGUACUAAACCUGAUUUCAUGUUUCGAGGCAACUUUCAUCACUAACGUAUCUUAACAUCUUCAAAAUUAUUGUUUUGAUGCCAAUUAGCCAUCAAUAACAGUAUUUUUUCAUUGGACUCCAUUGAUUUUUUUAACGGUUUCUUUCAAAAAACAAAUAUCUCAAAAGAUGAUCAAUGUUGCUGCAUACAUUUAGGGGCAAAAGUUAUAAGCAUUUCUCGAAAUUUUUAGCUUAGCUUAGCUUAGCUUGUUUGACUACUCACAUCCACCUUAAAUCAUUGAGUCCGAAAUGUUUCAUACGACUUUUGAGGAAUGUAUUUUAUUACAUUUUUGUUUAUCCUAAAUUCAAUGUUAAUGAAGAUAACUACUACAUUUCGAGUUCCAUGAUCGCUGGCGUGGCUCAGUAGAACUAGUUCCACAUCGCCAAUGGUUGCUACUCCGUGAUUGACCGAGGCCACCAAUUUUGUUCAACGGUCAAAAGAAUGGUGUCUGGGAUUGACAGCACAUUCUCAUUGCACAAAACUGAUGCUCUCUCUUUUAACAUCAAUAACGGCGCCGGCCACGUCCUAGUAGUCAAAAGAUAGUUUGGAAAAGAGAGAAAGGGAUGAAAGAACAAUAUUGUGCUUUAGGACCGAGGUUACCUCUGCAUCCUAGCAAAAAAAAAGUUGUUGGAAGUACGGGCGAUAGGAUAUGAUCAGGAGACACUUUUGACUAGUGCGAUCAUCUACAAUAAUUUUUUAUUUAAUUUUCUAUAUACCUGAUUUCUUAAGAAACUCUUCAAUGAGUCAAUGUUCUCCACUUAUAAACUUUUUCCCUAAACCAGAUAUACCCUUAUGAUGUAUUUUGUAUUUCAGUUUCAACUUUGACACUCAAUCUCAUCAAAUCAUCCAUUUUUUUCAUUCAUUUUUUUUUAUAAAAUUUCAAAAUGUUCAAGAUUUUUCAUUGGAUUUUUGUCACAGUCUAACAAGUUUUUCAACUUAGUUAAUAAAUUUAAUAACAGACUUACUCAAGAAUAAUGAAAACUAAAAAAAAAUCAAAAUAUCCUUCAACCUGCUGUUCUUUUGCUGCACUAUUUGUUGGAAUUAUCGACCUAAAUAAAAACGUCAAUAUUUCAGAAUCUUUCAUAAUUCAUAUAUUUUGUUGAAAGUUUCCUAACAAUUCAUAUGAAUUUGAUUUAUAUUUUUCUGGGCAGAGGACAUAACCUCUCCGUAAGCGCAACUUUCCGAAUGCUCGAUAAUAUAAACAAUAAGAUGUACUAUCUUUAAAUUCUAAAACACGUAGCUCCAUUUUAUGUAUAUGUGUCUUAUGUACCUAUGUUAAAGUUGGUAAUUUGCCCUUUUAGAAUAAAAAAGUAUCAAGUUUCUGUUUAUUUUUAAAUAACUGAAAAGUGAUAGUAGAAACUAGAUGUCUCUGCCUGCUGACGUUUUUUGCCUUUUCUGUACUUGCUUUUAAUGGACUUUAGAAAUGAAGUCUGAACAUGAGCAUUGACGAACAAUUCUUCAAUCUAACUUCAAAAGAGUUGUAGUGUCCUUAAUUGAUAAGUCAUGCUAGCAAAUUUAUUUGAGACCUUAGACUUCAGAGCUCUACAUAAAGCAUUGAUUUAUUUAAGAUUCUUCUCUCAACACUCAUUUAAGCAGCAAAAGCGAACUGUCAUUUGUUACAUAAAUCCUCAAGGGUGCUGAACCAUAAGACACUUAUUUUGCACGAUUUCAACUAAUUUAAGCCAAACAGGAAAUUCCGCUUGGAUUCCCGUUUUCUAUACUUAUUAAAUUCUCUUGCUAUUCUUUUCCAUACUUUCACCCUCUUCAUCGGAAUAAAAUUUUGAUUCAUUGUAAGCUUUUAUUAAUCACAUAUACACUAGUGCCAUCUGGUUUUCAAAAGUUAAAAAAAAGAGUUAAAGCUCACUUCAAUUGCACCAUCGAUCAACAUGUAGCUUUAGCCUAUCAGUGUUCCCAAUACUUAAGAAAAUUUUUUUGUUAGAAUUGAGUUAGAACACAACUUGAAGAAAUUAAAUAGUCAAGAUUUGUGCCACAUAGCAGGCCAAAUGGUAAGAAAUACAACAAUUAUAUCAAAAUAGUGAGAUAACAAUAAAAAAAACAAUUUUAUAAAAUUUUUGGUUUUAAUAAGUUAAAAAAAAAACUUUAAUUUCAUGCAAGCGACUCUUUGAACAACUCGGAAACUUAUUGCUAUCUUGAAAUACAACGUUUAUUACUCGGGAAAUGUACACGCGAUUGUAUUUGUAAAACGGUGAAUAUGAAUUAUUAAAUAUUUCGAGCAACGCUCGAGCGAAAACACUCAAACAUUAGAAUUUGACAAAUUUUACAUGAACUUCCUAGUUUUACAACUACUAAAUUUAAAAGUUAUUGAAUAAGAUAAGAAAAGUAAAUUACAGAUACGAAUUGAACACAUAGAUAAAGAAAGAGUUAAGAAAAGUACUUAUCUUUUCGUCCUGUGAUCCAGAUUUUUUCCAUCGAAGAAGAAAAACAUUGAUGUUCGAAAAACGAUGGCUGUAGAAAAAGCUUUCACAAUUCGAUAUACAGUAGCACCAUCUGGUGCUGAAUUUUAUAAACUUUCGAGCUCUUCUUUUGAUCGAUUUUCCUUUUGCUUUUAAUCGAUUUUUCACUUGCUACCAAUGAUGCACGCAGCAAUUUUUUCAUUUUGACACUUUUUAAAUUCACUUAUUAUAAAAACAUUGAUUUCACUCCAACGGCGGAUACUUCAUGUACCAAAUCGUUGAAAGACACACAUUUUAACAUUAUCACAACACUCAGAAUUUUGCAAAAUUCAGGCCGCUUAUAAAACAGUGGCUUCAACUUAUCAGUGUUCCCAAACUCCUAUAAGCAUUUCUCGAAAUUUUUGGCCUCAAAAACAAAUGAAAUUUUACCAUCAUGCAAUUCCCUUGGCCCUCCCACUGUUCCUUUGUUCUUUUAUUUAUUGAAACUUAACCAUUUGAUAGGAUUUAUAGCCAUUUGGUCUAUACAGGCUUUCCCAUAGAAAGUGCUCGGCUUAAUUGGGAAACUGAUGUUAAAACUUCGAAAGACCCAGUUUUAGUACUCUGCUAAUAUUUUUUUUUCAAGAUUUUCUCACUUGUUGAUAGAAAUUCUGUGUUUCGAAACUCAUACGCAUUUUCAAUAUUUAGGUAAUGAUUUUCCGAAAAUACUUAAAAUAGAAACCAUCCUGAUUUUUUUUUAUCAUAUCCGGAUUCGAAGUUCUCAAACUUAGUUCUCCGCACAGUAUUCAAACAUAACAAAACAUUAAAAUGGUGAAUCAGAAUUCAAAACUAAGAUUGAGUUACAUUUUUCAUAAUAUGUGAUGAAUCUGAUUCAGAUUCAUAAGUCAGAUUAAAACUAAAUAAUUAAAAUAAUGAAUUGAAAUUAGAACCCAAAACAUCAGAAUUGAAAUUGAUUCAUAUUUGAGAGCUCUGAAACAAAUUUUUCUUCUUAGUUUAUGUUCAAAAUUGUGAUCUGAAAUUGAGAUUCAAUCGUUGUUUUUUUUGUAUAUUUCAGAAAUCGUAUUAAAAUUCGGCAAAAGUUUGAAAAUUCAAAUUUUAAAUUUAGGAACAUAAUUUUGAUUCAGAAAUAAUGAUCACAAUUCAAAUUUAAUACGCAUAUGAGUUUGACAAUCAAGAUAAAAAUAUCAGGAUUUCAGGACUAAAAUCGCAUAAAUUGGCGAUUUAUAAUUUUGAAAAUGUAUCCAGUUUCAUAAUUUAAAAUUUAAUUAAUAGUUGUUCUCAUCUCAACUUAAAUCACAAGUAUAAAUAAUAAUUUGAGUAUUUUCUUUAAGAAAUUGAAGGCUUUGUCUAAAAAACGUAUUUCAUGCCCAAAUCAAACAGUCUAAAUCUACCAUACGUUUGAAAAAAAUCUAAGAUUUUAACCAUCGAUGAAAGUAAGUUCACUAUUUUGUUACUCACGAUUAAUUAAACAAAUUGUGGUUGCCAUUGUAAAGAGUUCAGGAUGUUUUUUUAAUGUACCGUCAAACGGGGCAUCAUGCAACAGCGAGGUUAGAUGCAACAUUUGUAUACCACAUCACUGAUAUAAUUUUUAAUCUUGUAUAACGUAAUCGAGUUAUCUCUUUAUGGAUACAAAGUGAUGAUGGCAUAGUUUCUGAUAUUGCCUGUCUAUCCAUUUUUCUUUCAAAUCCUAUAAAAACAAAUUCUCUCUAGUUUUCAUUCCACCGCACAUGCCAUUAAAAUUAUAAACAGUUUCUGAUAUCUUAAGCUAUUAUUUUAAAGUUCAUUAUUUUCAUUGAAAAUUUAAAAAAUAAUCAAUCAAUAAAUGUUCCAAUUUCAACCAUUGUCUAUGCCGUAAAAACUUUACCCAAUAUGACGGAUUGACUUUAUGAUAUCGCCUACCAACUUUUCACUGGCUUAAUCAUUCUAUUCCAACACUGUUAGUGUGAAAAUACUUUUCGAGCAAUCACCAAUUUUUUUUAAAUAAAUUUUUUUAAUUCAGUUUUCUGCCAGGAGUGAGAUGCAACAAAAUGCAAAUCAAAGAGACACCUUGUAAAUCUCGUUUUCAUAUGCUCGAAUAUGAAAUUUCAUUCAUCCAAACAUUUAUUUUUAUUAGUUCAGAUAGUAGUUUUUGUAGUAUUUUUACCCCUAAAUGUAUGCAAUAUCCUUACAUUCACAAAAAAUGUAAAAAUUAGUUUCACCAGAACCAGAAACUACUGCAAUUGAUGCUUCUGUGCGUAAUGGAUUUUAAGGCACCAAAAAUUUAUCAAAAACUAAACAUUUACAGACAUAGAUUUUUCUUUAAAAUCAAAGUUUGUUGCAAGUUACUCCUUUUUAUAAAUAUAGUGAAAAUCGUAUGUUUUUUUUUAAAUUAAAAAUAACUGAAGAAACCAAAAAUUUUUCUGACUGCGUCAAUUUGAUGUCCCAUCAACCUUAAAACUUUUGAUACACAAAGGGUAUGGUUAUCCGUAGACGUGAGUUGUUUAGAAGCAAUUGAAGUUGAAAAGUAUUGCAUGAGGGUGGCCCAAAAUUUCCUUAUGUCUGGAAUUCUGGGUGCUCAACCUCCAAAUGGUAGCUUAAGAUGUUAGAAACAAACUUAUAUAUGGCGGCAAUUCAGAAAAAUGAUGUUUAGAGGUCGCACUAGGUCGAUUUUUGAAAAAAGUCCUUUUUUGGUUCAUAGAAAUUACACUAAACAUGUUUUAUAUUUUUUAAAUUUCGAUUAAAUUACAAACAUUGCAUAAAAGAUAUUUUGCGAUAUUUUGUGUCACAGAUUUUUUUAGCAUGGCUUUUAAUAUAAUUUUUUAUUAUUUUAUCGAUAGAUUUAUAUUAAAAUCGUCCAAAAAGUGUACUUUGCGUUAUGCUUUUUAAAAACCAAGACCACCAAAAGAUGCAAAUUUGUACGUACAACAAAUUUGCCGAAGAAAGCGUGUUUUUUUUCCAAAAGUGCAAAAAGUUAUUGAUCCUGCUAUUCCUACGGCUCGUUCUGCAGUAUCAUAAAGGACUGAUAGACUCUGGCAUUCAAUUUUAGCAGCUUUGUGAUCACUUUUCGACUCCGAAAUUUGAGCACUGUUCUUCAGGUUUCAUAAUAUUUCUCCGCUGCUCUUCUUCAGAAGAUUCGGAACCAUUUUUAGCUUCAAAACGGCAUCAACUUGCUCAUCAAAAAUACCAGACAGAUGUUGAGAACUGACAAAAACCAUAAAUGUUUUUCGAAUUUUUUCGACGUUUUCGGGCUUAACUCUUCAUCAUCGUAAUUUUUGAGGUUUUUAAUAAAUAUAAGAUCAUUCAUCGGUGCACUAGAAGCAAGAGGAGCUUGAUACCACCUUUUUAAAUAAACUCGUUCUACAAACUGGACAAACUAUUCUAGUUUCAAAAUAUUCACUUAAAAUUGUUCUCUAAACAAAUACAUUUUCAGGCCGUAAAUUGCUCUAGCCAUCCACCUUGCGUGAUGUAAAGCAUCAAAUCUUUUAAAUUCAACUUCCUGUUCUUCAUUUAGACAAAUUAAAGUUAGUUGAAGAAGUUCUAGAUAAUCUUUACGAACGAAUUUCUGAAGCAUAAUUCUUUGGUAAAAUGAUAUCAAAGAGACUGGUCUGUUUUGUUGAUUGUUCCUUAAAAGGAGUAAAAUAUGAUUUCACUUGAAAAGAUAUUAGAAAUAUUACCAUGACUGAAUCUAGCGUAAUGAGUUUUGUUGAUUCUAUCCCAUUAAGAUCUGAACUGAUAAUAGUUAAUUCCGAAACAGGUUCGAUACGCUGUCAGUGGUGCCUGCAAGGCAAAUAAUGCAGUUUUCUCCCAAGCAGACGUUCUAAAAUGGACACAGCACCUUUCUAUUCGACCGAGUUAAUAUUGGUUGUAUCAUAGUACUUGGCGCAAAUAACUUUUUCUAAAUUCCAAUUUUUCAAAGCUAGGUGUACUUCUUCUGCACAUGAUUUUCCUGUACCGCAAUCAAUGAAAUUGCAACUUAUUCAUUAUUUGCACCAUUUUUUUCAUCCUAUACGGAAGUUGCUCCGAAUCGUAAAAACACCUAGCGCCGAGCAAAUUUUCCGUUAAGACGACGGUUUUUAGGACGUACGUAGCUCUCGAACCGCUGAUGGUUAGUUUAUUAACUCCGCAAAAAUUUUAUUUUCAAUAAGGUUGCCUUGCAGUACAUUAUAAAUAACUUUUUCAAUGUUUAAAUAAAUAGCAUACUUUUUUCGGCAAAUUUGUGAACGUAAAAACUCGCAUGGUCUUGGUUUUUAAAAAGCAUAACGCAAGGUACACUUUCUGGACGAUUUAAAUAAAAAUCUAUCGGUAGAAUAAAAAAAAUAUUAGACAAAACCACGUUAAAAAUUAAUCUGUGAAAAAAUAUUUAUAUGUUUAGUGUAAUAAAAUUUUUUCUAUUAAGGAAUUAAAAAGAAAAGGAUUUUCUUCAAAAAUCGACCCAAUGCGACCUCUAAACAUAAUUUUUCGGAGUUAGCGCAAUAUAAAAUUUUGUUUGUGUGUUUGGAGGUUGAGUCCCCAGAAUUCCAGACAACAGCCCUGUUGAAGCAAAACAUGAUUUCAAUAAACCCAUUAUAAACCCCCUCCCCAUGAGGCGGUUUUUCCUACGGCCCUGAUAAACGUUCUAAAGCAGGAAAAGUUUGAGAAAAUAAUUCAAUUCAGAAAGGUUUCACGGGCCGCAUUAUGGGGUCUCGAGGGCCGUUGGUUGAUCAUCCCGGGGUUAAAUGGUUGCAACUGAAAAAAUUCUGAAAUUAAGUUAUUUAGCCCACAUUUGGCAAAUUUUGGAGAAAAAAAAAUGAAAAAAUUGCUUCCUAAACGAUAAAGUUAUUUGUAGAACUAAAGUGGUAUGUAAUCAUAACACUCAACCUCUGUGACUUUUUCAGCGAAAAAACUUGGUUCCAGAUGUUUAACAUUAAAUAAUAGUUCCAAUGUUAAAAGAAAGAUGAGAAGCUAGACUAAAAGUUCUACGCAUCUGAAGCGCCUAUUGGAGAAUAGAUCGCCUCAAUUUAAAAUUUGAUUGUCAUUUUUUGGGAAACAUUCCCACCCACGGAAUGAAAAUUUUUGAAAAUUCAAGAGUUUACCGACUAGAAAAAGUACUAAAUUUUUGACGAAAAUCGAUCGUGUUCGUAUUUUUUUAACAGCAGAGGGGUUUGAGGAGAGUGGUGAUGAUCAACCCGAUCAAAACCCUAAACGCCCUCCCUCCCUCCCAUAGGACCGAUCAUGGUUAUACAAAUGUUGCAUCUAACUCUGCUGUUGGUUGAUGCCCCGUUUGACGGAACCUUAAAAUUUGGAAAAAAGAUAUUUAAUAUCUUAGCAACAUUGUUUAGCAUUUGCACACGGUUCGUUUUUACAACGACCGUUUUGAAACAAUAUUUGUUUUUCGCUGGGCCAUCAGAUGUCUCCAAACCAGGGGGGUGACAAUCUGGUUCUUCUUUCGAACAAGAAUCUUUUUCUUUUUUUCUAUCCAUCGGGAGAAACGUUUAUGGUGUUUUCCUCUCAAAGCAGUACAGAGUUGAAAAAGUCAAAAUUUCAACCAAUGAGGAACCAUAAUGAUUGUUGUGUUAGUGUGCAAUCAUUCAUAAUUCUCUAGGAUUUAACAUCUAGUCCGGUUCCUUGACAGCAAAAUGUCAGGUUUGUUAUGGGCCCACAAAAUCGUGGGCCCGUAAUUUUGAUGGUUGUCAAAAUCAAUGACAAAGGAUAGGGCUGUCACCCCCCUGCUCCAAACCAAAAACACCAUAGAGAACUGUCAAAACCAAGCUGAGAAAAAAAACAAAAUUUUAGUAAGCUUUGAACAGGUCGUAUGAUCUGUUUGGCAUGCUUCAAGAAAAUUGCUUUUAAAGUUUCGUAAAACUUUCGUCCGGAUGCAUAAUUGAAAAAUAUCAUAAAAGUAAAUCGCUUUUUCUUUCAAGCCAGAAGUGCUUAAAUUUGGACAAUGGGAUGCAAAAGUGAUACUUGAAAGUAGCCCGCUUUGAGAUGUCUUGAAUCAGUUCUGUUUGGUAAGGCUGAUCGUCAAUAAUGUUCUAAUUGGAUGGAUAAAGCCGAUAACUGUCUAAGAAAUGCAAAAGCUUAUUGUAAAACUGUUAGUAAUUUGGACUGCCUCAGUUUUGCAAAAUUAAAAGAAUGAAUAAAAGUUUAUCACCGGAACUUUCUAUACGGUUUUUAAUAAUUGACUUUUUUCGGUAAGUGAAAUAACUUUUUAUUAUUUUCAAAUUUACGUAACGUUUCGAAUUACUCUGAGGGACAUCUGAUGAAGAAAAGUACGUAAAUGAAGUCACGUGAAUUAAAAAAAAAAAAAGUUUUUUCACUCACCGGAAAAGUCAUAAGUAAAAACCGUAUUAAAUAAACGAAUUGAAUUUCUGUCCCGUCGAAAGUUACUCUUAUUGCAUUUAUCUAGCAAUAAAUUGAACCCAUGUAUUCUAGAGCGGCAUUAGUUUAAUUAUUGAUAAGUUCAUAUACGAUCACGCCUUUUCGAAAACUGGCUACUUGAAAAUUUGAUUUGUAACUUUUGAACGACGUAAUAGAUGGCACUGUUUCAAGUCAAUUUUCAACGUAAUUUUUGGUAGUCAGCAUUUGAAAUUUUACACACUUUUUUGAAGAUUUUUUUUUUCGAGCUUGUACGUUUGUUCUCUGUGGUUUUAGUAAGGUUUUCAUUUCAAAUUCAUAAAUAAGUCAUUCCUGUUCUUGUUCCGCUGAUUGUGCUACCCCAAAUUGGAGUUAUAAGAAAUGAGGAGCUUAGUUUACGACGAAAAAUAUCUUCCCCACAAACGGUGUGGUUGCUUUACAGGGAACGCGAAGAAAAUAAAUAUUAUUUACCUACUUUUCACUGUCCCGGUCUUCCUUAACGGUCUGUUUUUCUUCCAAGAAGAGGGGUACAGCGCUUGAAGUCAACGAAAGACGCGGGUGGUUUUCCAAAAUAAAAACACGAAACCAAACCUAUCGCUAUUAGAGGCACACCGCCGACAGUGAACACGAAAUUAAUCCGGCCAUAUUGGAUUACCCGCUUUUUUCACUUUUUUCUCUUUUUUAACAUCCCCCCAUUCCCUUUAUCAGGAAUUUCUGGGGAAAACCUUCCCAGCUUCUUAGAGGGCCCUGCCCCAUUAAUCUCGAAGGGGUGUUCUAUUUCGCGGUUAAGAUGGGCGAUUUCUGGGGAAUUUCAACGCGCAACCCGCAAAUUAAUUACACAACUCGGCUGGCUGGCAAAAAGUUCUACGUGCCUCCAGACAUUUUAUGUUUUCGGAAAAGAUAACUCGAAAUUCUCUGUCGAGAAGAAGCUUUUGGAAUUGAAAUUUGUCCGACCUUCCCAAAUAAAAGUGCCCUUGAAUUGCGUGAAACAGAUGCAAUAUAUUAAUCCAUCGAAUUUGUGAUAAAAGCAAAGCUGCAGACAGUUUUCAGAAAACUUUCCGUGCAAGCAUCAAUGAUAACACAUUUUAUCAGCAACGCUCAAAAAGAACCGAAAAGAGAAAAAAAAACUCGAAACAAAAGAUUUCCAAAUGAUGAAAAAAUUUUAACUUAAAGAAUUCGUCAAGUUUUCCAACCUUAAGGGUUGGAAAUUAAAAAGUGUAAAUGUUUUAUUUUUGUUCUAUUUAUUUAAACAAGUAUCUACUUUUAACUUAGGCUAGGUUCAGUGCUUAACUUUCCAAAAGAUUGGUCUUCUCUAACUAAAAAAGUGUUUAUUUUUUGUUUUUUAUCGAUUGUCACGCACCCAUUUCUCAUACUGUUAUUUAAAAUCGAUCCUCAUUUUCCAUUUGUGUUUUCAUUGAAUCAUUCUACUUUUUGUUAAAUUGAACAUCAAACUGUUUUAUUUUAAAUUUAACUUUCCUACUCUUUCGAAAAGCUAUUUUUAAGUUUCCCACUAAACAUGGUCAAAGGUUUGUUUUAAGUAUUUUUUUUAGCCGAUCUGAAAGUCUAAAAUUGAUAUUAUCUUAAGACAAGAUAAAUGAAGAUUUUUAAAAUAUCAAACAAUUAAAACAACAUCAACAAUAAUGUGUGUGUACAGUAUUUUUAAUAGAAAAAAACGAACAAGCAAAGCUUAAGAUUUUGUAAAUAUUGUAUCAAUAAA